ACAAGAGAAAGCAACAUGGGAAAGAAAGCAAAAAUCCACGUCUAUAAAUUUUGAAUGCAUGCUACAGUGUUAAGUGUAUUAUUGAGACUGUGGAAGUGAGAGAUGGUAGGACCAGCGAGGCCUCAAUUUGUGCUGUUUGGUUCGUCCAUAGUUGAGUUCAGUUAUAGUGAUCAAGGUUGGGGAGCUAUUCUUGCCAACUUGUAUGCUCGAAAGGCAGAUAUAAUUUUGCGAGGAUAUGCUGGUUGGAAUUCAAGGCGUGCCCUGCAGAAUCUGGAUAAAAUAUUUCCCAAGGAUGCCACCGAUCAAACAUCACUGGUAAUUGUGUACUUUGGUGGUAAUGAUUCUAUGCACCCACAUCCAUCUGGCCUUAGCCCUCAUGUACCCCUCCAAGAAUACAUUGAAAAUAUGAGGAAGAUCGUUAUCCAUCUUAAGAGCCUUUCAAAGAAGACUCGCAUAAUAUUUCUCAGUUCCCCUCCCAUCAAUGAGGUGCAAAUGCAUGAAACUCUCAGUGAUCUAUUGGGGCCACUAAAAAGGACAAAUGAAGCUUGUCGAAUAUACUCAGAAGCGUGUUUGGAGCUGUGCCGUGAGAUGAAUGUGAAGGCCAUUGAUCUCUGGUCUGCACUCCAGCAAAGGCAUGACUGGUUAGAUGUUUGCUUCACGGAUGGAAUUCAUUUGUCAAAUGAGGGAAGCAAGAUAGUGGCAAAAGAGAUAUUGAAGGUCCUCGGGGAAGCAGACUGGGAACCUAGUCUGCACUGGAAUUCAAUGCCAAUUGAGUUUGCAGAAGAUUCACUAUAUGAACCAAUCAGUGCGGAUGAAAACACUCCUAUAGAUGUCUCUAACUAGAACAACAUCCAGAGAAAUUCUCAAUUGGAAUUGAAUAAUUGUUCAUUGACCAAGGGGGGUUUAACUCAGUUAGUUGAGCAGGGUGUUUGAGUUGUUGUAAAUCUCUAGUAUUUGUCUUUGAUGCCAAUAAUCACCCCACCCCACUAUUAAUAUGUCAAAUAUCAGGCGAGAAUGAGGAUAGAAAACAAUUUUUGUGCAUUACUGAUCCCAGGAUACGCCUUCCUAUUUUUAUGGGAAAUGGAGAGUUUAGAGACAACUGAAAUAGCUUCGCAAUUUCUGCACAAGAAUGAAGAAACUUCACCAGCUUUCUCGUUGGUGGCACAGGUAACUGCACUGAAAAUGACUAUUUUUUGUCUGGCAAAAUAUAAAAAAUUAAAUAAAUAAGGUUAUUUCAUUAAA